UAACCAUUAAUAUUCGCCCAUUCGUCCUAUUUUCCAACGUGAUUUGUGGUUCCAUUAUAUAUAUGGUUGGUUGGAUAUCAACUAAAUAUAUCAAAACCAAAGCAAUGGCAACAAUGCUCCUACUACUCGGCUUACUUAUAAGUCUUCUCGCGUCCAUAGAUGCGCAAUCUGUCGGCGUGUGUUACGGUAGAAACGGCGACGGUUUGCCGUCGCAACAAGACGCAGUGAACCUCUAUCGGAGCAACGGCAUAACCAGAAUGCGAAUUUAUGAUCCAGAUCAAGCUACUCUUCAAGCCCUAAAAGGAACCAAUAUCGAACUCAUGAUCGGCGUUCCUAACGAUGCUCUACAAUCCCUCAACGAUCAAGGCGCUGCAAACACAUGGGUAAGAAACAACAUCCAAAACUACCCCGACGUCAGGUUUAAAUACAUCGCCGUUGGAAACGAAGUCGAUCCAAACAACGGGAAUAGUCAAUACGUUAACUUCGUACUCCAAGCAAUGAGGAAUGUUCAGAACGCCAUUAACGCCGCCGGCCUACAGAACCAAAUCAAAGUGUCGACUGCAACCUACACCGGUUUGUUAGGUGUCUCCUAUCCACCAAGCGAUGGUGCCUUUAACGACAAUGUUCGGGGGUUUAUUCAGCCGAUAAUCGGAUUUCUAACGGAAAACAACUCGCCGAUGCUUGCCAACAUCUACCCCUUCUUUUCCGAUCCUAAUUCCAAUCUCCCGUAUGCGUUGUUUACAGCGCCGGGAACGGUUGUGACUGAUAAUAAUAAUGGUCUACAAUACUCUAACCUUUUUGACGCCAUAUUAGAUGCUCACUAUGCAGCUCAAGCACGUCUUGGUGGAGGGAAUGUGGAGAUUGUUGUGUCGGAGAGUGGUUGGCCAACUGCAGGAAAAGAUGUAGCGACGACAGAGAAUGCUAGAACUUACAAUACGAACUUGAUUAGACAUGUCAGAGGGACAACAGGGACACCGUUGAAGCCUGGAAGAUCUAUAGAGACUUAUUUGUUUGCAAUGUUCGAUGAAAACAGGAAACCUGGUGAAGAGUCGGAGAAACAUUUUGGGAUUUUCUCCCCUAAUCAACAACCCAAAUAUCCAUUGAGCUUCAAUUAGGGAAAAGUAAAACCGCCAUUUCCAAAGCUUUAAAGAAUAUUACAUGCAUGAAAUAAAGUGGUUGUCCGCUACAUAAUAAAGUGAUGUCGAAAUAAAGAUGGUUGGUUUAUCUUUG